AUGGUGGCCCUGGCGCGCCCCGCGGGCGAGCUGGCGCCCGCGGAGGCGCACGCGUGCCUCGCAGAGUUCCUGUGGCCCGCGGAGGUGUGCCGCGCGGCGCUGGCGGCCCCCGCCUGCGCCGCGCUGGUCGGGAGCACCGCGUGGGCCGCGCGGUGCGCCCGCGAGUUCGGCCCCGGGUGCGUGGACCACCAGCUCUUCCUGCAUGGCCGCAGAGGCCCGCUGGACGAGCUCUGGUGGGAUCUCUACCGGGGCCUGCGGAACUUCCACCGCCGCCUCUUGGACGGCUCGUUCGAUGUAGACUGGCGUGCGGCGCAAGAGCUGCGCCUGGGACCGGCGCCCGGGCCCUCGUUCCAGGUUCUCGAGAACGCGCACCGGGCAGUAUUCUGCGGCGGCGCUGAGAGGCUGAGUGUUGUGGAGCUGCGCGACGACGGCAACGUGGACGCCAGAUUCAUCAAGGCCGUGGACUUUCUGGAGCUGGACAUGGUGACCCCCGACGAGGCCAUCUGCGUGAGCCACGAGAUGGCCCUCGAGCGGAGGUUGGUCCUCGCCUCAGGGGAGACGCAGCUGCUGCUGUCCUGCCCGACCAGACUGGAGAGCGAAGAGGCAGGUGACCAGCGCGUGCGGGUUGUCAUCGAGCACAUCGCGUCUCGCGCGUUCGUCAUUCUGGGAGGCACCCUCCACGCGCACGACCUGGAGAGUCUGCGUCACUGCUACACCGUCUCCUACGGCGCCACCGAGGGGCGGAGCGAGGAGACUUUCCAGCACCUGGUCGUCCGCUGGGACUUCGGGCGGAGCUUCCUGGUGUACAGCGACACGGGCCGUCUCGCGUCGGUGUGGUCGACGGCCGACGGGCGCUCCAGGGGCCACCUGCGCUCGCAGCUGGACCUGCUCUGCUGCGACCUGUCCCACGGGAGCCUCUCCGGGGAAGGAGGCGCGGGCAGGGUGGCCGUGGCGACGCUGGAGGUCGACGGCGCAAUCCGUCUCUACGAGGAGUGUCGUGUCGGCGACGGGUAUGCGCAGGUGUGCUGCGUCUCUGCCGCCGAAGCGCCGCUGCGCUACGUGGACCUGCAGGCGGAGGGUGGCCUCCUGGUGUCCGUGGCCGUGGGCGCGGGCGGCGCCGAGGGCUUCGAGGUGCACUGCUGGGGCCUCAGCCUCUCCGGACUGGCGCGGCCGCCCAGAAGGCGCGGCUUCUCGCAGGCCGUCGAGAAGGCGGAGGUGCGGCACGGGGGCGCGUUCCUGGAGGUGCUCCUCGAGCCGCGGGGCGCGUGGCCCUCGGGGGUCUUCGACGUGGUUUGGCUGCACCCUGGGCACGACUGCCUGCAGGUGCUGUUCGAUGGAGCACGCCGUGGGGGACCAGCGCUGCGACGUGCGCGACCGCCUGGUCAGGUGCGAAGAAGGAG